GAACGUUUUGUAGUUAACGAUUGUCCGACAGCCUGACCUUAAUCAUUGAUUCUCACCAUGGUAACCGCGAGACGCUCGUUCAACAUAUCUGAUAUCUUAGAGCCGGAGAAGGAUCUAGUGGCCCAACUUCAGAGGACCCACAAUCUCUCGGUCUCACCCGACAAGUCUAUAUCACUAUCUCAGAACUCGCCAAGUUUUCCAGUGAACAUAUCUGUCGGUCUAAGUACACCGCCCCUCUGGACAGCCAGUCUGCCAAGAUACGUGGACUCUAUAGCCCCGGGCUUCUCCUCCAGGUUAUCAAGUUUCCUCCCCACCCAGACUCUCCCUCCCGCCCAGGCUGCAGCUCUGGGAAGUCUCUACACACUCGGACUGUCUCCCUAUGCUCAGUUGCAAUCACAUUUCGGAAAAUAUGCUGAAAGUAAGUGGUACCAAGAACUCCUGACACCCUACACGACAAAAAACGGGACCUCCCAACGACGAGUGCGAACAAUCUUCACAAAACUCCAACUGAUGGCAUUAGAAUCCUUGUUCCAGCAACAGCACUAUCUUUCACCCCACAAACGACGGGAGACAGCUUUCCUCCUCAAUCUUAACGAAACACAAGUUCAGACCUGGUUCCAGAACAGACGUGCGAAGUGCAAGAGGAAGAUCGACCCGGUUGACCUCAUGGACAAGAACUCUAAUUCUCAGUCAGCUCUCCAGGAGCAAAACUCUAUGCAGUCUGCAGACCUUGAAACAUCGGAAGUUUGAGGAGGACAAUCCUCGUCAAAACUACAGGGGAUUGCUGCCUCUGAGAAAGCCUCUCUAAAACUACAGAUCCUGCUUCUUUUAAGAAUUGAGGACAACUUCUUGCCAAAACAAAAGAGCUUAAAGUGCAGACCUCUGAGAUUCUCGCCAAGAUUACAGAGCUUGCAUCCUCUUAAAAUUUGAGGAGAAACUUUUUUUCAAAA